GCUAGGGUAGCUUCGUCAUUAUACGUCUAUAAAUACGGCUGAGCCUAAUCUCUCGUACUUUUCCAAACGGAAUCUUUGGUAGCUGCUAGCCAGUGACUAACUACUCACCCUCUCUCGCUCUUCCUCGGCGCUAAAUCGAAACCCUUCCUGUCCAUCUUCAUUCAAAUCGGAGAAAUUUAGGCGGGAAAGAUGUCGGGAAAGGGAGCUAAGGGGUUGAUUAUGGGGAAAACCUCAGCUGCUGCGGCCAUCAAAGAAAAAGACAAGGACAAGGACAAGAAGAAACCCACAUCUCGCUCCUCUCGCGGUGGUCUCCAGUUUCCAGUUGGACGAAUUCAUCGGUUGCUGAAGGAGAGAACCACAGCUAAUGGAAGGGUCGGGGCUACAGCAGCAGUCUACUCUGCAGCUAUCCUGGAGUAUUUGACUGCCGAAGUUUUGGAGCUGGCUGGGAAUGCAAGUAAGGAUCUCAAGGUGAAGCGUAUCACCCCAAGGCAUUUGCAGCUUGCGAUCCGGGGAGAUGAAGAACUUGACACCCUGAUAAAAGGAACCAUUGCUGGAGGCGGUGUCAUUCCCCACAUUCACAAGUCACUCAUCAACAAAUCAUCCAAGGAAUGAUUUCAUUUCCCGCCGUACCGCCUAUGCCAAACCGAGCAUUCUGCUGUUGGUUUGUUUGCCAAAAGCAUAUACACAAGGAAUUAUGUGCCCUGUUUGACUAUUUCUUUCUUUCUUCCAACUAGGUUAGCUCUUAGCUUAUUCUGAACUUGGUUCGUUGUUUAUGUUUCUGAACCUUGUGCUGAGUUGAACUGUUGACCAUUUUCUGCAUCAAAUGCUCCUCCUUAACGCUGUAGUUAUUCUGGACAGGCUUCAUUGUUGAUUAAACCAUUAUUUAUUAUAUUAUCUAUGGCUUGAUUGAUUUUGAUGUCUUCACCUUUGAAUUCUUGAAAGUUGAAUUAUUGAUUAUACUACCAAACCGUUAUCAUUAUUUUUAUAAAAUACCACGUGUGAAUGAAUAA